AUGGAGCUGGAUCGAGCGGACGAGGAGGUGCUGCUGGAGAAGGUGCCGCAGCAGCUCCCCGCCGGGCAGCGCGAUGAGCGCAAGGACUACUUUUUUGCAGUGACCUUCGCUGCUAAUUGUGCUGCUGUGAGCUUUAUUGCGUUAUUCUUUGGUCUUCCGAACGUGUCAAGCAUUUACUUUACUGUUCAUCAUGAAGAUAACUCGUCGCACGGACUUAAGAUCUUCCUCAUUUUCCUGGAAACAUCGGUCAUAGGUGGUGGCGUGUCUGCACUGUGGCUGCAGGUAUUGCAGAACCACGCAGAGCGCGUCAUUUCUUGGACGUUGAAGGCCAGUAUAGUGGCUUUUGUUGCAGCGUCAGUCGCAGCCUUUUAUGACUCUGGUAUGGCUGGCAAGGCCAUCGGCUUCAUCAACCUGUUCUUCGCCCUCACGAUCGUGACGUACUACGCGUCUGUGCGGCGCUCAAUCGCCUUCGCAGCAUCCAACCUGACGGCAGCUUCUCGAAUCCUACGAGUGUUUCCUGGUGUUAUCACGUCGGCGUACGUUGCGUUGGUAGCGCAGGCAGUCUGGGUAAUGAUCUGGGGCGCGGCUGUCGUGGGUGUACUUGCUAAAGCAGUGGACCACCUUCAUGACUCAAGUUCGUAUGGAAACACGUGCUUUUUCUUUAUGCUGCUAAGCUUCUUCUGGUUUGUGCAGGUGGCCAAGAAUGUGGUGCACUGCAUUACUGCCGGUGCGGUGGGUGAGUGGUGGUUUGGCGCACAUGACGUGAACACGAUCCAGCGGGCGCAGACUCGAGCGCUGACGACGUCUCUCGGGUCGAUUUGUAUCGGGUCGCUGGUUGUCGCUGCUCUCAGCGCACUGCACACGCUGUUGCUCUCUGCCCCGCGGCGAAAAGACAAGGGCAGCGCCAACGCUUUCCUGGAGUUUCUCGUCAAGCUGGUUAUGCGCAACAUGCAGUACUUCAACAAGUACGCAUUUUGCCAGGUGGCUCUGUACGGGAAGGACUUUCGGCUAGCUGGGACGGACACAAUGCACCUCUUCCGAGACCGCGGAUGGACGGCAUUACUAAACGACUCGCUCAUUUCGAGCGUCCUGUCGGUGGGGUGCCUGGUCGCUGGAACGGUGUCCGGAGUCAUUGGAUCGGCGUGGCUGUACCUAACGCUGCGGUGCACGCCGAACGAGCUGGCGGAGCACCCGGACGAGUGCCAGACUUUUAACGUCGUCCUGCUGACCUUUGUAGCGUGCUCGUCGAUCGGGUACGCCAUGUGCACGAUCAUGUCCUCGAUCCUGGACUCCAUCGUCGCGACGAUCUUCGUGUGUUUUGCCGAGCAGACGAUGAAUCCGACGAGGAUACACCUGGACCCAGCGGCGCUGCAGCGCUCGCACCCGGACGAGCAUGCUCGCAUCGUGGGGGCUUGGAGCCGCCUGCAACCAGACUUGCUGAGCUUCCCGACCCACGUGGUAUGA